AACGAGAAGCGACGCAUAGCGACGCAUUGUGCCAUGCUUGACGUUUGACGCAUUGUGACGCCAUGACCAAAUGUCUCGUUCUAAGGCCACAGAGAGGAACGAAGCAUGGAGAACGCCAACCUGGUGCAAGGUGCGCUCUCUUCACACUCUCCUGUAUCAACGCUUUGAACUUUGCAGAUCGCUACGUGCCAGCUGCGGUGAAGACUUCUAUGGAGAAGGACCUUCAAAUCAAUGACUGGCAAAGCGCUCUGCCUUCCAUGGCCAUGACUGCAGUCUUCACGGUGGCUUCCUUAAUCUUUGGUUUCCUGGCGGAUCGGGAGAUCCUGGAUCGAAGGAUCAUCCUGGCCUCCGGUAUUGCUUUCUGGUCGUUUGCCACGGCUUUGGCCGGAUUUGCGCAGGACUUGAUCCAGCUGGUGGUCUUCCGUGCACUGGUGGGAGUCGGAGAGGCGGCCUUUGCAACGAUUGCCUCACCCAUGAUCGCUGAUUUCUACCCAGGACCUCAGCGAAAUCGCGCUUACACAAUAUUUGGUCUCAGUGCCCCAGUGGGCGCAGCCAUCGGAUUUGGCAUUGGCUCCAUGCUGGGUGCCCACCUCGGUUGGAGAUAUGCCUUUUUCGUGUGUGGCUUCCCUGGUGUCAUGGUCGCCUUUUCUGUGUUAGUCCUCAACGAUCCCCCAAUGGGCAUCAAUGACGACGCAGAGGACCCAAUGCAUUUGGAGGACAGCGAGUCCGACGAGUCCUCCGAAUCGGACGCUCCAAAGCGCUGGUUCCAGGAGGAAAAGCAGCUCUUGGGGAACGUUUAUUUCUUCCUGGCCACGAUGGGAUCUGUGGCAAUCCAAUUUGCCCUGGGAGGUCUCACAGAAUGGUAUCCCACAUUCUUGGUUCGCUUCGCCGAGAUGCCCGAGUCCAUGUCUGGUCUUGUGCUGAGUGGCUCGUGCAUCAUCAGCGGCAUCGGUGGCACGGUUCUCGGCUCCAAAGUGGCCGACUCCGCUGCACGAAGGAUUGGGAGCGGUGCGUAUUUCUUGGUGCCCGCAGCCUUUAUGGUACCUGCUACGGCCCUGGUGGCUUUGUCCGUGAACCUGAAAGAGAAGCUGCCCUUGAUCAUUGCGUUGGUCCUGGGAGAGACUUGUUUCUUCUCCUACCAGGCUCCCAUCACUGCCCUUUCCAUGUCAGUGAUUCCAGUGCACACGCGUGCCCGGGGAUCCUCACUGCAGAUCUUGUUGUGCCACGUCUUGGGCGAUGUGAUCAGUCCACCCAUCAUCGGGAAGAUCUCAGUGUCCAGCAGCUUGCGCGUGGCUCUGCAACUGCCGUGGGUGGCGGUGCUGAUCGCGGGUCUGACCUGGGGUGCGGGAUAUUUCUGUUUGGCACCUCCACCGAUGGAGAUCAAGCCAAAGGCCAAUGAUCAAGGAACGCUUUGCGUCCUUUUACACCGAGGGAUUUCCUGUCUCGAUCAUUUCUGCGAUGACUCAGACCACUCAGAUGAACAAAAGGAUGCCGAAUGAGGAAGGACGGCUUCUUUAGAUUUCUUUAAUGCAGAAUUAUGUAUGCUUGACGAACAUAUUG